AUGGCCGCUUCAGCCCACCACUCGACCGCUCGCUGUGUAGAUCGCGACGCUGCCUGGCGCCUGCGGCCGCCGUGCCGUCCGUGCGCUAGCUCCAACGUCUCGUCCGCCUCGGACAGUAGCUCCAGCACCUGCGCUAGCUCCGACUUUGCGUCGCUCGCAGCGGCCGCAAAGGCUCGCGUCUUGGCAGGCCUCGCCGCCUCUCUCCGCUCGGCCGACGGCUGGGAGGCGCGCGCGUCAAGCGCAGAGGAGUUCGCUGCGGCGACAGGCCGCGCCGUCCUAGGCCUCGGUCCUGCGGAGCUUGCCGCCGUCCGCGAGAAGCUGCUGUCGGACGGAGUGCGGCGGCAGGAGGAGCUGGCGUCGGCCGAGCAGCUCGCGGCUGCCGUGUUUGAGCGAGCACUGUCUGGCAAGCUGAUCGAAGAGGCGCAGCAGUCGGGAGACUACUGGGGCGGCGCGUCCGCGCUCAUCACCGACGGAGUGAGGAGCGCACUGCGGCCGUCGCACGGAGAUGGCAUCGCCGUGGUCGACGGCGCGCUAUCUCCCUCCGAGGUGGCGGCGGCUCGCUCCGAGCUGCUGGCGAUGGACGGCUCGGCGAGGCUGAGUAGCGUCGCGAGGCGGCGCAAUGCUGUUGACUGCUCGUCGCUGAUGGCGAGCGGCAGCCGCGCCCUCUCUCUCGCUGUCCGCCUGCUGCGCGCCUUGCCCGCGGAGGUGCAGGAGGCGGGAGGCUGGCCGCUGGCGGCCGCGGUCUACGACGGCUCGCGGGCGCGCGCGGCCUUCUACAAGCCUCACUUGGACUGCAAGGAGCCCGCCUCGAACCCGCGCCGCCUGACCGCCAUCCUCUACUUGCAGCCGCCCGGCUGGGACGGCGGCGGCGAGCUGCGCGCGUGGCGGCGCGACGGCGAGGCGGUGGAGAUCGCGCCGCUCGGGGGGCGACUCGUGCUCUUCCGCGCGUGCGACGUGCUCCACGAGAUCGCGUUACAAAACCUUGAUUUGACCAUUUGCGCCAUUUUGUCCCUCUCGGACACGGUCUCGACGCGCUCGGCAGCCUGGGAACGGUAA